GCACAGCAACAGAGACUAGUCUUUUGUGUUAAAUAUAAAGUCUAUUUUCUUAAGGUUUUACAGCGCCUUGCUUCAAACAGUGCGCAUCUGAAGAUUUGACAAAAAACACUUCAGGGUUUUAUUAACAAAAUUAGAGACAAUGAGGACCGUGACUCUCCUUCUGUGUUUUGGAAACAUGUUUGUCGUAUUACUGGCCAGUGAUCAACAUUCAGGCCAAAACCCUGUAGUCACACUCAAUGAGACAGACCCCCCUGGUUUCUUAGCAAUGGAAAAAUGGCAAUCCAACAGCUCGCUUCUUCCAAACCAAGUAACAGGAGGAAAAACAGCACAGCCCCCCAUGUGCUUGAAGUCUACUGGAAUUAGAGACGCCUUCAAAUAUAUCAACAUUAUGGUCUCCCUUGUGGUGUUUGUUGUUGGAAUGGUGGGGAAUCUUGCUCUGCUGAAAGUCAUAUAUACAAACAAAACCAUGAGAAGUGGACCUAACAUUAUCAUUGCAAGCCUUGCUUUGGGAGAUCUGAUACACAUUGUGAUAGACAUUCCUAUCAACUCAUACAGGCUUCUGGCAGAGGAUUGGCCCUUUGGUUUAAUAAUGUGCAAAUUUGUACCUUUUCUCCAAAAGACAUCUGUUGGGAUUACUGUGUUGAGCUUAUGUGCCUUAAGUGUUGACAGAUACCGCGCUGUUGUGUCCUGGAAUCAAAUCAAAGGCAUCUGGGUCUCUGUGCGGACUGCGAUUGAAAUAACCCUGAUAUGGGUUUUUUCCAUCCUGCUGGCUGUCCCUGAAAUUGUUGGCUUUGAUAUGAUAACAAUGGACUAUAAAGAGAAGCAUCUGAGGAUAUGUCUGCUUCACCCUAUCCAAACCACAAAGUUCAUGCAGUUUUAUAAAUCUGCAAAAGACUGGUGGCUCUUUGGCUUUUACUUUUGCAUGCCUCUGACCUGGACUGCAGUUUUCUACACACUGAUGACCAGAAAAAUGCUAAGAAACACUGAGAAUACUUUAAGUGAACACAUCAAACAGAGGCGCGAAGUUGCCAAAACUGUGUUCUGCCUGGUUUUGGUGUUUGCACUUUGCUGGUUCCCUCUGUACCUCAGCAGAAUCUUGAAAUGGACCAUAUAUGAUUCAAAGGAUCCUAACAGGUGCCGACUACUAAGUGUCUUCCUCGUCCUUGACUAUUUUGGCAUUAACAUGGCAUCACUAAACUCAUGUAUCAACCCCAUUGCAUUGUACAUUGUCAGCAAAAGAUUCAAGAGGUGUUUCAAGGCAUGUCUGUGCAGUCUCUGUCUGCCUCUCCAAGCCAAUGCCAACGACGAAGUGGUGUCUGUUUUGAAGUCCAAAAUGCAGGAUCAAGCCUCAGAGCAAAGCAGCAACAUCAAAGCUCACCAGGAGCCUCAACCUGUUAACACCUUACUGUGCUAACAAAAAUCCUAAACAAGUGUGAAAAUA